AUGACAUCAAUCAACUUCGGAACAGGAACAACAGUUUUACUGAUUGAUGAUUCUGCAUUUCUCAACUCAAGAAUUUCAUCAUUCAAUGUGAACUCACCAAUGACAAUCUCAAACAAUGCAUUCAAAGGAUGCACAAACUUAAACAGUAUCAAUGUCAAUGGUGCAACAUCAAUUGGUAACAACGUAUUUGAAGGAUGUACAAAUCUUCAAUCAUUUUCACUUAAUACAAAUGUUCGCUUAUCAUCAUUUGUAUUCAAAGGAUGCACAAAACUCAAAAGUGUUAAUCUUCCAAAUAUGAUCUCUUCAUCUAUUCCAUCUUAUUAUAUGUCUAAGAGAAUGACAAAAGCGACAAGUUACACAUCAAUCCCAGUUGGUUUGUUCGAUGGAUGUUCUUCUCUAAGUUCAUUGAAUAUAAACAACAACAUUGUCAACAUUUCAGAUUAUGCAUUCAGAGAUUGUGUUAGUCUCUCAUAUAUCAUUCCAUACACAGUAUCUUACAUAGGAGAUGAAUCAUUCAAGAACUGUCAUCUUAUCAGAGAUAUUCCUAAGAAUGUUGUAUAUUUUGGUAACUACUCAUUCUAUGGAACGAACAUUGGAAAGUCAAUUUUGAUCAAUAGAGAUACUAAAUAUAUUGGUGCAUCAUCAUUCAUAAACACUCCUCUUCGUGUUGUUUAUUAUUGUGGAGAACGAGAUUUCAGUAAAUUUUCUCCAUCAUUCAACACGGACACUAAUGUUGUUGUCACAUUCUCAUACAACUAUCCAACAUUCUGUGGAACACAAGCGAUUUAUCUUCCAUCAAACACAUGCAAAGACAUCAUGCGAACAAACAACGAUGGCUUUGACCACUUGAAGAAACAGGUCAAAGAGAAGAUGAAAUCUAAUUCUGCCUUACUUGUUCUCUCCAUGAACUCACUCGGUUUGUUUUAA